AUGAGAAGACGAAACAGGUACACACGCAGGUCCACAAAGAAGGAAGGCGCACGAAAUGCGCACAAAGGAGAAGGCACGGAAGCGACGUCAAGGAAGGAGCAACAAUGCCCAGUAACACCUAGACGGAAAGUGUGGCCGGCGGCUCAUCGACGUGUGUCUCAGGGGAGGGAAGGGGCAUACUGGGUGUGCUUGCCCAUUUGCCAAUACGAGACGCUGUUGUGGAAAGAGCGACCGAGCCAAGGGCCGCAAGAGACCAAAAGCAACCAAGUCAAGGACAAUUUCGCGGGCGUCGAGGCUCAAGUGUGGAAACUACGGGGCGGCAUUGUAUCAAAAGCGGCUAGGGUGAACGAAAGGGAAGGAGCGAACGGACCAAGAAAGCACGAGGCAAGAGAGGCAAAUGGCGCGCCGGGGGCAUGUCAUCAAGCAAAUCGGCCUGUGGAAUGGCCGUGGUUUUGGACUCGAAAAGAGGGAGAACUAGCCAGGGGAAUACGACGUGGUGUGUAUGGGAUGCACACACGGAUACGAACAGAGACGGGGGGCGCGAUACAUUCGAACAACGCCAACCGGCACGGUAAGGGCUGCGACAAAGGCGCAGAGACACAUGACACAAAGGGUGAAAGAGAGACACGCGGCAGCACGGCGCCGAGCACAAAGGCCGACCAAACGAACUACACGAGGUGGCGUGUGCCGUCAUUCCUGGACACGAGUGCCCGACAUCGCCUGGAUUGGCGUACAUUGGCAUACAUUGGUGAAUUGGCGCAGUGGCACACGCGCGCUCCAUGUCUACCGGGUCGAGUACGAUGCGACGGUCCCGUGGAACAAAAGGAUCGUGUGUCGUCAGAAUGGGAGCGAAAUAAGGAGGCCAAAAGACGCACAAGAAUUGAGAAGGGAUGGGAAGGACUGGAGUCCAUAUGA